GUUUUUUUUCCCAAACACAGAGUGACCGUUUUACUGCCAUUUUCGCAUUAUACAAUAUGUAUUGAUACAGGAGCAACACCAUAUUCUUGGCGGUUGCCUGAGGCACUUGCAGGAUACCCACUCAUCAUCAACAAACUGAAGUGGAGGGGGUGCACACACCAACGAUGAAUCGCGGUAAAAGUUUCCUGCGAGCACUGACGGCGGCCCUGUUCUGCUUGCUGACGCUACGGCCCCUGCCCGUAGUUACCAAGAGCCUCCGAGUGAAAGUAGGAGAUAAACACGACGACUAUGAGUAUCAACUGAUUUCACAUUCAUCACAAUACCAGAAGAACGAUCGGUGCCCACCUCCCCCACAGGCAUUGCCAGACAGGGCCUGUGAGGUUCCCAGCUGCAGGUCAGACUCUGAGUGUGAAAGGCACAAACGCUGCUGUUACAAUGGUUGCAUUUAUGCUUGCUUGGAAUCUGUGCAACCACCACCAGUUCUAGAUUGGUUGGUGCAGCCAAAGCCCAGAUGGCUUGGGGGUAAUGGAUGGUUACUCGAUGGACCAGAAGAAGUGCUUCAAGCUGAAGCCUGUAGCACCACUGAGGAUGGGGAUGAACCCCUGCAUUGUCCCACUGGCUAUGAAUGUCACAUCAUAAAUCCUGGGAAUCCUGCUGAAGGAAUUCCAAAUAGAGGACAGUGCAUAAAGCAAAGGGGAAAUAGUGAUGGACGAAAUUUAAGACCAAAAAUUUUCAAGGACUACAAGGAUUAUUUUGGGACUAACUCCAAUAAUGCUGUUGGCUACAAAAAACACCAUCAUAAACAUCUGGGCUAAAGUUGCUGGUGUGAUGGUACAGCAAGAGCCAUUCAAAGGCGCAAUGUGAACAGGAACAUAGCAAUUUCAAAUGUUGUAAAUUUACAGGUAACCUAGAUCAUUAUUAAUGCUUAAGUCACAUAAAUCACAUAUUGACUACUUAUCAUUGAAUGAAGUCCCCAAAUUUGCUGGCAUGGUAAUAACAAGUUAAAGUUUCAAGUGCAUGAAAUAAACAUCAUUUUGUGGCAAGAAGGAGACAAACCACAAGUUGCUAACCACCAGCAACUGCUGGACACUUUGCCUUUAACCUUCCUGUGAAAAUGAAAUAAGUUGCCUUUAAUGAUGCAACACCUGUUAAUGGGGUAUUUUAUGUUUGCAAUAGGCUUCAACUGAGAAAUCAGUAAGGAGUAUGAAAACAGUUACUAAUUAACUAAUAAUUGUUCUGUACAUCCCAUGCAAACUUGCACCCUAGUUCAUCGCUUUAUCAGAUUAGAUUGAUUUGUUGAGGAAUGAGGCAAUUAAAUCAAUGCUGAGUGAAUGUUCGGGCUCCAGGAUUUGGAAAUCCCCACCACUCCAAUGUCAAACCCUUGAAGCAUGUGGGUCUGCAAAUUUGCAAGUAAUUAGUGUGCGAAUUUCAUAAUGAAGGCAGCAGCCUCUCUGAUUUUCAAAUUUCAUUAAUUAAAAAAGUAUGCACUUUUGGACAGAAGGCAGGUGUAUUGAUAUGUAUGUUCCAUAGGGAGAAACCUCAGAACUGCACAUUUUCUGUGAUGAUAAUCUUCGUUUCAAUUUGCUGAUGUUCAAGCUGCCAUGGUAGAACUUGGAUAGCCAUUCAAGUCAUUAAAUUUCACUGGCUAAAGAAAGAGACUUCAUCUUAUCAUUUACCAUUUGGCUAGUUAAUUUUGCUACAUCAUUACUACGUACUUCUGGCAAUUGACAGUGAAAAACAAUAGGAGCUAACGAGUCAGGUAACAACAAAACUCAUUCUGGGACUCCCCACUCCAGCAGCUUCUGGUCCAAAGAGUUUAUCCAUAUUAUAACAAUUAUUUUAGCAUGAAAUUGCACAGAUUUUUGAAACUGAUAGUUGAUCAGGCCUUGUGUUAUUAUCAGCAGCCAUGCCAAACUUAAUGCAAACCAAAUGACAAUAGGUCCUUUUGCAGAAUAGAAGUCACCAGCCGGUAAAAGAAAAAACAUAAAGUCUGUAGCUUUUUUCUUGAUAUUGAAAUACAUAAUGGAGGAAGUAUAACAAAAUGAAAACUUAGAUUUUAUAUAGUACUGUACUUAUAUAACUUUGUACCAUCAACAAAACAAUGUACUGCCAAAGCAUAGUGUCAAAUUAGAAUGUAUAAAGAAAAAAAGUAACUGUAUCUAUAAUACAUCCAAUAAGCUAAUCUACAUAUCUUUUAAAGUACUGAUUAUGUUAAAUACAUAUUCAGUAUUUUUCAUUUAAACUCCAAUAUGAGGCUAUUGCCUCAUUUUUUUAAAUGCCUUUUAGUUUAUUCCUCUUAUUACAACUUGCAUGUUUGGAAUGCAAUACAGGCGACUGCUGCAUUUAAGGCCGUUUGGGUAACAGGAGUUUCUCUCUCAGAAUUCACAAAUCACUACCCAAGUAUUUGAGAUACAGAAUAAAAUUUGCUCUCACGGAAUUUAUGAAAAUGUAAAUAAAUCAACAAUAAAUGUAUUUUCUUUCAACUCGUGUGUCUUGAUUCACGUGCAGAUAAUGCGAUUUCGCAUUAUGGCAAAUUGUGAUAUGGACCAUUUUUUUAAGGAACACAAUCCCACCCCUCCCGCCAUAACGCGGGGGUCGCCUGUACUUCCAACAUUCUUUCAAAUAAUACACAUUUCAUAAUUUACAUAAAUGUUUAAUUCAUUGAAUUUAAAUAAAGUCUUGUUGCAAGCAUGCUUGAUAUCCAAUAACAAAGCAGCAAUUGUUUCUUGGCUGAAAAGUUGAACUUGCUUGGGAUUAUAUUUCUCUUUUGCAAUUGAUUGUAAUUUCAUAUUGAAUUCCACCAUAGUUACAUGGAGGGAAGAGGGUACUGGGGACUUAUAAAUGUCAUGUUAUUUAUUAUGAACCUGAAACUCUAACUAGAUAUAUUAGCAUAGUUUAAGAGCAAGUUAUUCAGUAACAAGGGUCAAUGUACUGUAGUGUAUGUAGUGCAUCUCAACCAAAGAAGGUGACCCAACUGAACUGAUAGUUGUCUAUCAUUAUCCUUUGGUCAGUUUGUUUGUCCUCAGUUACAGUGGGACUAUUGCUAAUUUUUUUAUUUAAUUCAUAUCAAAAGUGAAAUGACUUUAACUCUCAUAAUACAGCAGGAUUGGAAAAGAUUUCCAUUCAUGUUGUUUUUCAUCUUUCACGUCUGGACACUUCAUUAUGAAUUGCAAUGAUUGUUGUGUAGCAGAAACAUAUGGGAUAUAAUAUUGUACCACUUUGCUUAGUACGAGUAUCAAUGUUCAUGAACCUUCUGUUAUGCUUAUUAAAUUAGUAAAAGUAAAUGUAGACCAAUAAUAAGCUAGCUGCCAAGAAUUUUACUGUAUGAGCCAUUUCUCAAAUGUUGCCACAUUGAGGUAUAACUUCCUUUAUUAAUGAUUCCCUUUAGGUUAAUGUUAACACUUCCAGUAAUGUUAGCAAUUGGAGAAAAAUCUACUGCCCAGAAAUUCAGCCCUGGUCAGCAGUGUGAAAUGUAUGUUAGCAUAUUGUACAGUACCUCCAAAAUUCAUUCCAGUAAAGUCAAUGGAAGUGAAAUUCAUAAUUUUCUUAGUGACACAGUAUUUCUUUAAAAACCUUCUUAAUUGUGAACUUUUAAAUUAUCACAGCUCUACAUACCUGUGAUUGUUUUUUCCAUAACAAGGUGACACAUUCACCACUUUAACCUUCAAUAUCUCCGAGAGCUGCAGAGAACUGUGUUGCAACAUACUGUACAUUACCCUACACCUCCCUCCAACCAACUCCCACACCACUCACCCCAAAUCCUAAAGACAAAUAAACAAGCUCGCAGUGAGCACUGGCAUUAAUUUCAAAUAACCUACUUCUCCAAAUACAGGGAUAUUUACAUUAAAAAAAAAUCAAGCCCACUUUUUAAUACUUGCAGUGAAUUUGCAGUAACUGAACAUGAAGAUGACUUGUUGUGGACGUCAACAGCCAUCACUUAUAUCUUGCCUGGUUCCAUGCUUUCGCAAAUAAUGCUUUUGUCCAAUAGACGUACCUAAUGGCCAAAUAUCCGUCCAUGUGAAUAUAAUCAAUUUCCUUCAUUACUUUUGAAUAUUCCAAUCAUAAUUUCUCUCCAAAGUAAGAGGUCCCACUAGCCCCUUAAAGGUUGUCCUGUUCAGAAGGAUCAGUUGAGAAAUUUGGAAAUCAUUAUAUCUGGUAAUUGUUGGGGGAGGGAUUAGAAUCAAAAUGUGAUUGAAUUCAUAAUGGUUUUAUU